ACAUACACGUAUAUACACACACACACAUACACAUUACACUUAUACAUUAUUACAAUAAUUCGUGUGCGCGUUGCUGGUGGAACCGAAUCUCACCAGCUCUACGAUAAAAUAUUAUAAUAAUUAUUAUAUACCGUUCGGGUGUUAAAUUACACAUUAUAAAACACAAAAAACACAAUCGUCGUAUAAUGGCGUUGAAGCGAAUCAAUAAGGAACUUCAAGACUUAGGCAGAGACCCACCAGCACAAUGCUCAGCAGGACCAGUUGGUGAUGACUUAUUUCACUGGCAAGCAACUAUUAUGGGACCACCGGAUAGCCCAUAUCAAGGUGGAGUGUUUUUCUUAACUAUUCACUUUCCAACGGAUUAUCCAUUUAAACCUCCAAAGGUUGCAUUCACAACUAGAAUUUAUCAUCCGAACAUUAACAGUAAUGGCAGCAUUUGCCUUGAUAUCCUACGGUCUCAAUGGUCACCUGCUUUGACUAUAUCUAAAGUUUUGUUGUCUAUUUGCUCGUUGCUAUGCGAUCCAAACCCUGAUGAUCCACUUGUGCCCGAAAUAGCUAGGAUAUAUAAAACGGACCGAGAAAAGUACAAUGAAUUGGCUAGAGAAUGGACCCGUAAAUAUGCAAUGUGAUGGUCGUUUUCUACAUACAUUGCCUGUCCGCCCGUCAUCAGUUAAACAUUCUUUUUUUUUCUCCCUGUACAACCUCAAAAGAUCAACACUUUCAAUUUCCAACUAUUCUGGUAAAAUAAUAAGAUCACACUAUGGAAAAAUACUUAUAUAGUAUGAUUUUGAGAUUUUAUUUUAUUCAUAAAUGCCUAUAUAAUUUUUUUUUUUUUACUAUCACUUUGUCAUAAAGUUCAACAUUGAAUGUGUAAGUGUCUCAUAAUAUAGAGAACAAAUUUAAAAUAACAAGAUGGUGUUUCUUUAGUAGUUAAAUUUAAAAAAUACUUUUUCGGGAUAAAAGUGUAAUACUUUAUUGUGCUGGUGGCGAUUUAUAACUGCCUUUACCUACCCAAAAAUAAUUAUAAUAUAUAUAUAUAUAGUUUUUAA